GUAAUUGUAUAUAAAAAGCUAGAGUUUAGUUACACUUUUUUUUUCUACUUUGGUUAUCUUACUGUUCAUAAUUCUUUGGAAGUAAAGACAAUUUUUAAUCUUCUUUUCCAUUGGAAUUCCAUUGUUUGAACAAAGUCGUUAAUAAUGACAAUAGAAGAGAUUUGGAAAACAUUUUGUUUUGGAUUACUGCUGACCUCUGUUCUAAUUAAUGCCUGGUCUGAUGAGGUGAUUAACUCAAAACGAAAUGUUGAAACCGAUAUGUGCCCCACCCCUCCAGCACCAAGAAACGGAGCAGUUCAUUGUGAAUAUUCUGAUGCCCUACAGAUUCAAAUUUUCUGCACAAUAACUUGUAACUCUGGUUAUAUCUUUAACACGAAAUUUCAUAAUGUAACAGACUAUGUCUUUCCAUGUGAUGUUGCAACCGGUUUCUAUGACACAGUGAGCACACCUGGAUGCAUCCAUCUGUAGAAGUGUAAAGAACUAAUAAAUGAGGUCAAAUCUCUAUGAUCAUGAAUGUCAAGACUCAGAGGGCGGAGAAGCCGAUCUUCACAAGAUGUUUGCAGGCUGCCAGAAGAAUCCAGGUCAUAGACAGUUUAUACCUAUUGAUACUCUAACCAUUAAGCAUCUACCGGAGAUUCAUCGUAAUAAAGAUUUGUAUGCGCUCAUCAAAGCUGUAGCUGACCUGACAGUUAGAGUAGAUGUUAACAUGGUUAGUCAUCGCAGACCAGAAGUAUGGCCUCAAAGUAACCGUCUGUAUCCUUUUUACAAUCUCAGCAGAAGUUCAAACAUGAGGACAGGAAGUGGAAUGAUACGAAGUGCUUUCAAAUGUCCAGACGACAGUACGAUUCCCACUUCAAAGUGCUGGUGUAGAAAAUGUGAGCAUUCAGACUCGGCGAGCAACGCGUGGUGGGAGUUCUAUGUGGACACAGCCACACACUUGGUUUUCGAUGACAUUGAGGCGCGACACACAUCCCUGAGAUUGUUUUAUGAUAGAGCCGACAGCCCCGCGGUCUUCGUUAAUAAGGUCAAGGUUGCGAGAGCAAACGUUGAGGACGAUAGGUGCCUGUUAAAGUGUGUGACAUGCGAUGACAUUUUGGGAGAAAUGCUGGAGAGAAAAUGGAAUCAUUACAUCCAAGUGUGGACAAAUGUUAAAGACGUCUACCAGAGCUCCAGAGACAGCCACAAGUUGAUGUUUAUUGUCUCCCAUCCUCAUGGCUGUUUGAAACAGGUCAGUAUUGGACAAUGGAAAGACAAAAUAUUAAACAAAGCUGAUGACAAAGUGAGUAGAUUUACUUAUAAGACUUCUACUUGUCCAGGAAGUAGUGGAGCCGUUGUGAACUGUGUAGGAUUCAGGAUUUGGUGGUCUGAUCUCGUCCAUAGUGGAAGUCUGAAAUCAGGAUUGAACUACAGUGGGGCUGGUUUUGUCAUUUAAAUGUAUAGUUUCUUUGAACUACAGUGGGGCUGGCUUUGUCAUUUAAAUGUAUUGUUUCUUUGAACUACAGUGGGGCUGGCUUUGUCAUUUAAAUGUAUUGUUUCUUAGAACUAAAGUGGGGCUGGCUUUGUCAUUUUAAUGAAUUGUUUCGUUUACAUUUUUCUUUAAACUAUUAAUAUCAACUUGAAAAUUGCUAAUCAACAUAAUAAAAUAAAUUGAUCUUUUGUAUUUUUAAAUGAAUGUUUACACUUAGUGUGUGUGUGUGUGUGUGUAUCCUGAAGCUGUAAAAAGAUGAUCAUUUAGAUAACAUGAAGAUUGAGUUGGGGCUAAUGUGUUGUUGUUGGUUUUAAAUCAAUGAAAUUGAACUCUUUGUUUAUUUCUUAGUGACAACUUUAAGAUUUCUGAUUUAAGACUAUUGAUAAGAUUGAAUGAAAGUAACUGAAUUGAUUAUAUGAUAAGAUUGAAUGAAAAUAAAUGAUUUGAUUAUAUGUAAAGAAUGAAUGAAAAUAAAUUAUUUGAUUUUA